AACAUCACACCAAAUUUUCUACAUACAGCCUCUAACAACCUCACUUGCAACGAUUUAUUCUACUAAUUAAAUCUAGUGUUGUUUUGUAAUACUUUUAUAAAACAUCAACUGCUAGAAUUUCCAGAAAUGGCUUUGGUUAGAGCACUGGUGAAGGAAAGGCCUGUGGUUAUAUUCAGCAAAAGCUCUUGCUGCAUGUGCUACACCAUUAAGACACUGAUAAGCAGUUUUGGGGCAAAUCCUACAGUUUAUGAGGUAGAUGAGCAUCCACAAGGGAAGCAGAUAGAGAAGGAACUGAGAGGAUUAGGUUGCAAGCCAAGUGUGCCAGCUGUGUUCAUAGGAGAAGAGCUCAUUGGUGGUGCCAAUGAAAUAAUGAGCCUUCAUCUUAAGGGUCAGCUUGUACAGUUACUCCUCAAUGCUAAUGCUAUAUGGCUUUAGUCAAACAUAUUGAAGAAUAGAGUUCCUACAAUAUUGUAGAGAUUGGAGCUAUUUUGACACAACUAUGAACAGCAGAUUGAUGCGUUCUAGUCAUUAGAACAGGAACAGAAAGAAAUGUUUUCAGCUUUCUUUUUUGCUCUUCUCCUGCCAAUGAGGCAAUGAUAACUUAUGUGUUAACUUCCAUAUGUAAUUUCGUUACUUUUUGAUAAGCAAUGAGAGAUACGAUGUUAUUGAGGA